GCGGGCCUUCGUAAACCCUCGCCUCUCUCCUCUCUAAUCUCUAUUUAUCCCCUCCUUCCUCGCGGCUGCGGCGACAAGGCGGCGAGCUGAGAUUGAGAGACGUGGGAGAGAGACAGGGAGAGGGGAAGCGGCGUCCCCCAUGGCGAGCGUCGACCAGUCCCGGAGCUUCGUCAAGGACGUGAAGCGCGUCAUCAUCAAGGUGGGCACUGCAGUUGUCUCCAGACAAGAUGGAAGAUUGGCUUUGGGCAGGGUUGGAUCUCUGUGCGAGCAGGUUAAGGAACUGAAUACUUUAGGAUACGAGGUGAUUUUGGUCACUUCAGGUGCUGUUGGAGUGGGACGACAGCGACUUAGGUACCGUAAGCUUGUCAAUAGCAGCUUUGCUGAUCUGCAAAAGCCACAGAUGGAGCUAGACGGAAAGGCUUGCGCUGCCGUUGGCCAGAGUGGACUGAUGGCUCUUUAUGAUAUGUUGUUUAACCAACUGGAUGUAUCUUCAUCACAACUUCUUGUGACUGACAGUGAUUUUGAGAACUCAAAGUUCCGGGAGCAACUCACUGAAACUGUUGAGUCAUUAUUAGAUCUUAAAGUUAUACCAAUAUUUAACGAGAAUGAUGCCAUCAGCACUAGAAAGGCUCCAUAUGAGGAUUCAUCUGGUAUAUUCUGGGAUAAUGACAGUUUAGCAGGUCUAUUGGCACUGGAACUGAAAGCUGACCUCCUUAUUCUACUCAGUGAUGUGGAUGGCUUGUAUAGCGGUCCACCAAGUGAACCUUCAUCGAAGAUCAUACAUACAUACAUCAAAGAAAAGCAUCAGCAAGAAAUCACUUUUGGAGACAAGUCUCGUGUAGGUAGAGGUGGCAUGACAGCAAAAGUGAAGGCUGCUGUCUUGGCUUCAAAUAGUGGCACACCUGUGGUGAUUACAAGUGGAUUUGAUAAUCGGAGCAUUGUUAAAGUUCUCCAAGGAGAAAAAAUCGGUACUCUCUUUCACAAGAAUGCAAAUUCGUGGGAAUCAUCUAAGGAUGUUAGUGCUCGUGAGAUGGCUGUUGCCGCAAGAGAUUGUUCAAGGCGUCUACAGAAUCUGUCAUCAGAGGAACGGAAAAAGAUAUUGUUGGACGUUGCUGAUGCUUUGGAGGCAAAUGAGGAUUUAAUUAGGUCUGAGAAUGAAGCUGAUGUAACUGCAGCGCAACUUGCUGGAUACGAGAAACCUUUGGUUGCUAGAUUGACUAUAAAACCAGGGAAGAUAGCAAGCCUUGCAAAAUCUAUCCGUACCCUUGCAAAUAUGGAAGACCCAAUUAACCAGAUACUUAAAAAGACAGAGGUUGCUGAUGAUUUAGUCCUUGAGAAAACAUCUUGCCCGUUAGGUGUUCUCUUAAUUGUUUUUGAGUCCCGACCAGAUGCCUUGGUUCAGAUUGCAUCUUUGGCAAUUCGAAGUGGUAAUGGUCUUCUCCUAAAAGGUGGAAAAGAAGCUAUCAGAUCAAACACAAUAUUGCAUAAGGUUAUAACUGGUGCUAUUCCUUGCAAUGUUGGUGAAAAACUUAUUGGCCUCGUUACAACUAGAGAUGAAAUCGCAGAUUUACUAAAGCUUGAUGAUGUCAUUGAUCUCAUCAUUCCAAGAGGAAGUAAUAAGCUGGUUUCUCAAAUCAAGGCGUCAACUAAGAUCCCUGUUCUGGGGCAUGCUGAUGGUAUCUGCCAUGUAUAUAUUGACAAAUCAGCUGACAUGGAUAUGGCAAAAUCUAUAGUAAUGGAUGCAAAAAUUGAUUAUCCAGCAGCCUGCAAUGCAAUGGAGACAUUACUAGUUCAUAAGGAUCUUGUGAAGAGUCCAGGCCUUGAUGACAUACUGGUUGCACUGAAGACAGAAGGAGUUAGCAUUUAUGGUGGACCUAUUGCGCAUAAAGCACUGGGAUUUCCAAAGGCUGGUUCAUUUCAUCACGAGUAUAGUUCUAUGGCCUGCACUGUUGAGUUUGUUGAUGAUGUUCAAGCAGCAAUUGACCAUAUUCAUCGUUAUGGAAGUGCCCAUACAGAUUGUAUUGUCACUAGAGAUGAUAAGGUAGCGGAGACUUUUCUACGCCAAGUCGAUAGUGCUGCUGUCUUCCAUAAUGCAAGUACAAGAUUCUCUGAUGGGGCUCGUUUUGGACUGGGUGCUGAGGUUGGCAUAAGCACAGGGCGUAUCCAUGCCCGUGGACCAGUGGGUGUUGAAGGUCUUUUGACUACACGAUGGAUCUUGCGAGGGCGUGGGCAAGUGGUGAACGGCGACAAGGAUGUCAUGUACACCCAUAAGAGUCUUCCAUUGCAAUGAGGUCAAUGCUUUUUAGCCUGUUCAGAAGCAGGUGAUUAUCCUGUGAAGUUUGAUAGUUUUAUCAGAAAGCAAGCAAAGAAUGGUGAAUGGAUUGAUCGAUUUCUCUGCUUUGUCAUCCUGUACAAGCAUCUUAUUGCGGCAUUCCAUUUGUAUUGAGUUUGGAGGUCCCACUUUCAAAGGUGACACUAGAAUAAAUUAGUUCUGAUAGCUAGAUUUUGGAGGUGCUGCCUCUUCAAUGUAAUAAUAAAGUAAAAUCAGUUCUGAGAAAAACUUGCCAGCGCGUUAUGCCUGAAAUGAGCGACAGACGACGGUAACAUAUAUAUGAUCGCAAAAUAUACUGCUGGUUAUUUCCA